AUGCAGACGCAGUCGCAGGCUGAGGCUGGCAAUGCUUCCUCUGACUCCCAGUCGGAUCGGAGCUUUGUAAAGCGCUCUUUGCAACAAUUGCGGUUGCCCGUCGAUGGGAACCUCGCCAAUCUCCCUUUGUUGGCUUGUUGUUUUAUCACAGGUCUUCUGGAUACAACUAUGUUCGAAGCGUAUGGCACGUUUGUCUCCAUGCAGACGGGCAACACCAUUUUUCUGGCCCUAGGGGGGUCCAAUCAGAACAACAAGCCAUACGACUGGGCACGCUCGCUGUGUUCAAUUGGUUGCUUCGCGAUUGGUGCUCUCUUCUUCAGCCGGUUUUACCGACGCCUUAGCCCCGGGCAAGCUCAGCGUGGGUCUCUUUCCCUCGGCUUCCUGAUUCAGGCCGUGUGCGUGUGCCUGGCUGCCGCAUUGAUCCAGGCCGGCACUAUCAAUGAACGCCAGAGCAGCACCGGCGCCACGGAUUGGCGAGAGAUAGCACCCAUCGCACUUUUGAGUUUUCAGGCUGCGGGCCAGAUUGUGGCGUCUCGCGUGCUGGCCGUCAAUGAGCUUCCGACGGUUGUCAUCACAAGCUUACUGUGCGACCUCAUGUCGGACCCCAAGUUGGUGACAAUGCCUAUAUUUCAUGGCAAUCGCAAGAGAAACAACCGGAUUGCGGGCUUUGUGUUGACUCUUGUUGGUAGUAUUCUGGGAGGGUGGAUGCUGAAAGGAACUGGAGAGGUCCAGCCCGUGCUGUGGCUCGUCUGUGGAAUCAAGUUUACCAUCAGCUUCGCAUGGCUAAUCUGGAAGGUUGAUCAGGUCGAAGAGGAUUCCAAUUAAAUUCAUAUACCAAGUCAAUUUCUUCCAGAACAACUCAAACAGAUUGCAGAUGAAUAAUCUAUCUUCGCAUUCAAUUAGCAUUGCUAAUAGUCGUGAAGAACGGAAGAGUCAAAUGGCGGAGACAGGACACAAAAUACAAAUCUUUCAAGACCAACCCUCAGCUCUUGAUCGCCCUCAAGGGUUUCACUGGCACAGUUUCAACGUUGCCGGGAGGCCAAGUACAGUCUAAUCCAACUCUAGCCGCUACGAAUUUCUCGUUUGGUCUAAUUGUCAAAUUCUGUAAUUUACAAAUUCAGUAAUUUACAAAUUCAUCUCU